CAUCUUGCUAACCUAAUUCAGAAAACAAGUGCUACAGCUUUGUGCCUGUCGUCUUCGCUCAGUGUAGCGUUUUCAGAGACGGUAAAGAACAGGUCCAAGAAAAGCUCAAAGAAAGCAAAUAACAGCAGCGGCACUAGCAGUAGCAGCAGCAAGUUGCCCCCAGUUUGUUAUGAAAUAAUUACCUUGAAGACUAAAAAGAAGAAGAAGAUGGCUGCUGAUAUAUUUCCCCGGAAAAAACCAGCUAACUCCAGCAGCACCACUGUCCAGCAGUACCACCAGCAGAAUCUCAGCAACAACAACCUGAUCCCGGCCCCCAACUGGCAGGGUCUGUAUCCCACCAUUAGAGAAAGAAAUGCGGUGAUGUUCAAUAAUGAUUUGAUGGCAGAUGUACAUUUUGUGGUUGGGCCACCAGGUGGGACUCAGCGGUUGCCAGGACACAAAUAUGUCUUAGCUGUUGGGAGCUCUGUGUUCCAUGCGAUGUUUUACGGAGAACUUGCCGAGGACAAAGAUGAAAUCCGUAUACCAGAUGUCGAACCUGCUGCUUUUCUCGCCAUGCUGAAAUAUAUCUAUUGUGAUGAAAUUGACUUGGCUGCUGACACAGUGUUGGCUACACUGUAUGCUGCCAAAAAAUACAUUGUCCCUCACCUUGCCAGAGCCUGUGUUAAUUUCCUGGAGACAAGCCUGAGCGCCAAGAAUGCCUGUGUGCUCCUCUCCCAGAGCUGUCUGUUCGAGGAGCCUGAUCUGACCCAGCGUUGCUGGGAGGUAAUCGAUGCCCAGGCUGAGUUAGCUCUCAAGUCUGAGGGAUUCUGUGAUAUCGACUUCCAGACACUAGAAAGUAUCCUCCGCAGGGAAACUCUGAAUGCCAAAGAAAUCGUGGUUUUUGAGGCAGCUCUCAACUGGGCUGAAGUAGAAUGCCAGCGACAAGAUCUAGCCUUGAGCAUUGAAAAUAAACGUAAGGUCCUAGGAAAGGCACUGUACUUGAUCCGCAUACCCACAAUGGCCCUUGAUGACUUUGCAAAUGGUGCUGCCCAGUCCGGAGUAUUAACUCUCAAUGAGACCAAUGACAUCUUCCUCUGGUACACUGCGGCCAAAAAGCCAGAGUUGCAGUUUGUGAGUAAAGCCCGCAAGGGCCUUGUCCCCCAGCGCUGUCACCGUUUCCAGUCUUGUGCCUAUAGGAGCAACCAGUGGCGCUAUCGGGGUCGCUGUGACAGCAUCCAGUUUGCUGUUGAUAAAAGAGUGUUUAUUGCAGGCUUUGGGCUGUAUGGCUCCAGCUGUGGUUCUGCAGAAUACAGUGCCAAGAUUGAACUCAAGCGGCAGGGUGUUGUCCUGGGGCAGAACUUGAGCAAGUACUUCUCAGAUGGAUCCAGCAAUACCUUCCCUGUGUGGUUUGAGUAUCCUGUGCAGAUCGAGCCGGACACCUUCUACACAGCCAGUGUGAUACUGGAUGGCAAUGAACUCAGCUACUUUGGACAAGAAGGCAUGACGGAAGUUCAGUGUGGCAAAGUGACUGUCCAGUUUCAAUGCUCCUCAGAUAGCACAAAUGGCACUGGGGUACAGGGAGGGCAGAUCCCUGAACUUAUAUUCUAUGCUUAAAGCUUCACUUCCCCAAGCAGUGUGAGCUCGGGUGCACAUCUGGCCCCUCCUUGCUUGAUGCUUAGCUCAUCUGCAGAUAUGUGAUCAGUGCAGGUAAUUUGUUAUGAAUGAAGCGGUAGGCAGUUUCUAAUUUCUUUUACCCUUUUUAAUUAUGUACAGGCUAAAAUGCAGCAUUCCGCUUUUAACUAUAUGCUUAAAAGAGCCAAGUUCUUACUAAGGCUUUGUGGUUUUCAGAGUUGCGUCUAUACACCUGGAGAGAUUAUGCUCUCUCAGAUGCCCCACCGACCUCCCAGUUUCAUGUCUCUAAAGAAAAUUUUGGAUCACCUCAAAUUUCCUUUUGGAUUUUAUUUGAUGAAUGGAAAUAGUCUAAAAUAAUAACAAUCAAGAGUUAUUUUUAAACAAAGCCCAUCCCCCCAAAAAACCAGAUAAACCUCAGUGUACAAUUUUGAGAGAAAUUUUACUUUAUAAUAAGUAAUAAUUUAGAAUGUAGAAAGUAGUCAUGUUUGGCUCUUACAUUUUUUUCUUUUAAAGUUGUUGCUUCUCACUUUGCUUUUUUAAUCUUAAACCAAUAAGAUUAUUACACAUUAACUCAAAAUGGCAGUGUAAAAUAAGAAACUAAGGAAUUGAGUGGUGUUUUAUAGGCAAAGGAGACUUAUAUUAAGAAGACAAGGUAACACAAUAUGAACACUUCUUUUGGAAGUAAUGAAAUUAUAAAAGUUUAUUGUCAAUAGAAAAAAAUUGCAGGCCUGCUAAUUUACAGUAAAGGUUUUAAAAGAGAACCUAAAAAAUCCCAUACUACAAAUACUUUAAUUGAUAAUGUGUUUGAAAAAGGCACUCUUUUCUUGCCACAUAGCUUUGGGUCCCUAUCAUUUGCUUGUUUUUAUAAAUCGUACUGUAUAGAAUUCCUGAUCCCUUUUCCCCCAUUUAAAAGAGGACCAAACAUUUCUUUAGAGGAAUGGAGUAACAACUGGUUUUGUAGCACUACAUUGUUAAUGUCAUAAAAUACUUUUAUUUGUUUUUUUUUUUUUUUUUAUUUGAAAUAUACUUUAUCUAAUCUUUGACCAUAUGCUAUUUUAUUUGUUGAUUAUAGUUCUGUUCUCAUUCUGGACUGCUAGAAUCUGGCCUCUGGCCACCUUAAAGUGCCAAUAUAUGCCUGCAGGGUUUUCAGAAAUUGGUUGGAGUAACAGAGUUUGUUGUCCCUGAAUUCACUGCAUCAGCAGCACAUCUGGCUCUCUUAUUUGUCCAUGGCUAAUAUAAGCAAAGGAGGAAAAGCUCAUUAAAAAAUUCUCCUUCAGUGAUGGCUUUUGUUGGUUUGGUGCCUGUGACCCUGGCAGUGCCCAGUGUGAUCACUGCCAGUUGAAGAAUCCAUGUGUUUUUGGGCAGCUUUUCUGCUCAGUGUGAUCCUGAGAUGGCUUCUCCGCCACCUAGAGUGUGGUCCCUUGGCCGCCUCCUUCUCCUGCUCUGCAAGCCUGAAACUGGCUUGUCUGGGGCCAGGAGUUAGUCCUGGGGUGUGUGUGUGC